CUGUCUUCUGUCCUCUCUGCGGCUCUACGGCACUGGUGUUGUGAGCCAUGCGUUGUUUAUCCCUGGCCGUCUUUCUCCUGGGUACCGCCACGAUGUUCCCUGUCGCGGCUUUCGUGCACCCUUAUGCGGCCAGGACCAUGGACGGCCUCGCAUCACCACACGGGUCUUCGAGCAGCGGAUACAGGGCGCAGCGCCUGGCCGCCUACAGCAAUAGCCCCCCCUGCAGCAAAGGGAGCGUCACCGCGCGACACCGAUCCGUGAGGAGGACGACGAGGACGACGACGAUGGGCUUCAAGAGCCCCGUGGACGUCCUGAAGCAAGGGAUUGCCAAGAUCGGGGCGGGGCCCUACGACAAGGACGCGGUGGUCAAGGUCGUCGACGGUUACACGUCCGGAAGCAACAAGGUCGUCGUUUUCUCGUGGACAAGGUGCCCGUUUUGUAAGAAAGCCAAAGGGUUGAUUGAGGAUCUGCUCGCAGACCCGGCUGAUUACGAGUUUGUGGAGCUGGACGAGAGGCAAGAUGGCAACGCUAUCCGAUACGAGUUGAGCCAGAAGACGGGGAGGACGAGUGUGCCGCAGAUCUGGAUCGGCGGGGAGUUUGUCGGCGGCUGCAAUGACGGCCCAGGCGUCUUCACCUUGAUGGACAAGGGCGAGCUGGUACCCAUGCUGGAAUCGGCUGGCUGCGCUUUGAAGAAAUGAUGACAAUCACACCGUGGUUGAAUCAAGUGCCUUGUAGAAGCAGCGGGCCAACACGAACUCAAAACAUCAGCCCUGUUACACCAAACAAGCUGCAGGGAGUUCUUGAAUGACCUCUAGAGGAAUAAGUAGCGUUUUUUUCGUGCAGAUUUCUAGGGGGUUGGGGGCCAUGGCCGUAACCAUGCGUAAGAGGGCGGGGUGGACUGUUUGUUUUUGCCCUGCCAUCGUCCUGGAUCCUGUCGCACAUUCCUUGGGGUUUGAAACGCAGGACUAUCUCAACGAAGACCUGUUCCCAAGCCUAUAACCGGCGGUGUGAGGGAUGCUGUCUGCACGGGUUAGGAAGCGAUCUCGCCGCGCUGGGAGUGAUCGUGGUCUGUCGUUUAUUGUGCGAGCUGUGCUCUUCUACUAUGAUUGUUGUAGGCGACUUCGGGGGGUGCCGUGGCAAUGUUUCUUGCUCUUGGGGUGCUGUUGGCGCUGUCCACCGUACCUCGUCACAGGAACUUGUACCCUAGGUGAGGUAUCCUGAGCAUAGAGAAAAUCAGUCUCAGAUUCUGUCACAAUUUUUCUGUCUCAUCACGAAAUGAUGGUCUUUGUAAGCGAGGCUGGAAUUCUGUCACAAAAUCCUUGGUGCUUGCUUUUUACUGGCGACCCCCUAGACCCCAAUUUUUGGGGAACCUCUAGGUAUAUUGCGGUGCAUCUCUAGACCUCUCUCGCG